ACAGUAAUACCUCUGAAUUAUUCUCUCUUCUUUUAAAUAAUAUUGUAGGAGUCAAUUCAUGUUCCUGAUCCUGUCAUUUCAAUAGCAAUGAAGCCUUCUAACAAGAAUGAUCUGGAAAAAUUUUCAAAAGGUAUUGGCAGGUUUACAAGAGAAGAUCCCACAUUUAAAGUCCACUUUGACACAGAAAGCAAAGAGACAGUUGUAUCUGGAAUGGGAGAAUUACACCUGGAACUCUAUGCUCAGAGGAUGGAAGGAGAAUACGGCUGUCCUUGUAUCACAGGAAAACCAAAAGUUGCUUUCAGGGAGACCAUUACUGCCCCUGUCCCGUUUGAGUUUACACAUAAAAAACAGUCAGGUGGUGCAGGUCAGUUUGGAAAAGUGAUAGGCGUUCUGGAGCCUCUGGACCCAGAGAACUACACUAAGUUGGAGUUUUCAGAUGAAACAUUCGGGGCAAAUAUUCCAAAGCAGUUUGUGCCUGCUGUAGAAAAGGGGUUUUUGGAUGCCUGCGAGAAGGGCCCUCUUUCUGGUCACAAGCUCUCUGGGCUCCGAUUUGUCCUGCAAGAUGGAGCACAUCACAUGGUUGAUUCCAAUGAAAUCUCUUUCAUCCGUGCAGGAGAAGGCGCGCUUAAACAAGCCUUGGCAAAUGCAACGUUAUGUGUCCUUGAGCCUAUUAUGUCUGUGGAGGUUAUAGCCCCAAAUGAAUUUCAGGGAUCGGUGAUUGCAGGAAUUAACCGGCGCCAUGGGGUAAUCACCGGACAAGAUGGAAUUGAGGACUAUUUCACGUUAUAUGCAGACGUCCCUCUAAAUGAUAUGUUUGGUUAUUCCACUGAACUUAGGUCAUGCACAGAGGGAAAGGGAGAAUACACAAUGGAGUACUGCAGAUAUCAGCCGUGUUCACCGUCCACACAAGAAGGCCUCGUUAAUAAGUAUUUGGAAGCUACAGGUCAACUUCCUGUAAAAAAAGGAAAAGCCAAGAACUAACCUUUCUCACUUUAAGUUGACAAACUGAAUCUGCAAGGUUUAGAUACUUUAAUGGAUUCCAGCGGAAUGGAUUCAAGCUGAAAUAAAUUUUAGAAGCCCUUCCUGUUUUGUUUAGGAGCUUCUAUUAUAUUCAAAGAUAAUUCUAUGUAUAUCUCAACUCGAUUGGUUUUAUGGUUCAUUGAAAAACCUCAAAUAAAAUAUGAUUAUUACUGAAAUAUAUUUAAUAUUUAUCUAAGGGGAGAAGAGACUAAUUUCAGUUAUACUUCUGAGCUUAGAAUAUAUGUUAACUUCCUUUCCAAAAUUUUUAUCGUAAGAAUUUUCAACAUAUAGAAAAGCUGAAACAAACAGUAUAAAUAACAGCAUGUAUCUUCUAUCUAAACAACAAACAAUCUUGUUAACAGUUUAUCAGAUAGUAAUUUGUUUUGUCAUAUUUGCUUUAUCUGUUUGUCUAUCAUUUGCCUACCUAUCUCUUUAUUUAAAAAUUUUUUUUUAAUUAUUGUUUUGCUGAAUACUUGAAAGUGAAUUGCAUAAAUCAUGAUGCUUCUUGGAGUGUCCUUUUUUUUUUUGUGCUGAGGAAGAUUUGCCCUGAGCUAGCAUCCAUGCCAGUCUUCCUCUAUUUUGUAUGUGGAUUGCCACCACAGCAUGGCUGCUGACAAGUGAUGUAGGUCUGCACCCGGGAACUGAACCCAGGCCACCAGAGUGGAGCCACCAGACUUAACCGCUAGGUCACCGGGCUGGCCCUGGAGUGUCAUCUUUUAAUGAGCAGCCUUUUUUGUUCAAGUGGAUUCCAUGUGUUCUUAAUGGAGAAUGUUUUUCAGAUUCUUCAUUGGGAUAGUAAAAUGCUAGCUAAAUUUCUAGCUGUUUUAUAUAUAACCAACUGCUUCAAUUUGUGACUUGUCCAAAUUUAUAACUGCCUUCCUUGCAGACCUGUGAAACGAAGAACAGCCCCUUGCGCAUGCUCUUCUUGUCUCUGUUCUUCUGAAUGUCUCUGCGGCUCUAAAAAGAAAAUAGAGUUUAAAGAGUUGCUGACCAGUCAGUUUCAUUCACGUAGUAAAUUCUAGUUGAAUUUGAGUCUGUUGGAAUUUAUCAUAUAUUGUAUUCAUGGAGAGUGUGAAAGAACAAAUGUUAAGCUUUUUUUCCUAGAAUGAGGUGGACUUUCCCAGGUACUUUUACCAUGCUGUUCCGAAUUGCUUCAUCCAAAAAAAUCAUCUGAUGUGAUAGAUAACAUCCUAGUCCUUUCUCUUGUGGACAGUAGAAAUAAAAUAACUUUUAAAUUC